CGCCCCCUUCCCUGUCCAUAACCAUUGCUGUGGCUAUAAGGAUGUGUUGUUGGAUGGCAUAUUUAUCACCCUGUAUUUUAUCCAUAACUGGCAAUAUUUCUGGAAUUCACAUCAGGGAAAUACCUUAUUUAAAAUAUUAUUCUUUUCCCCAACUCCCUUCACCGUUGUCAUCAUCUUCCAACUACACAAACUCCGUAUUUGCCAUUUUUCGUUCUGGGACGCCCUCAAGCUCAGUGAGAUUCGUCGGUUCUUCUCAGCUGUAAUCCCGCGUGUAUUUAUCAAUCAGGAUUUCCCCCCACUAUCUUCCCCCCCCCUCGCAUCCUAUCGAUAACGAACGACCACCGACUUCAGCCAGAACCUCCGAGACUGUUUCAACCUUCGUCAUCAACUCUCACCAUCAUUCUACUUCUGGACCAAACAUCGUGCUACUUUAUCUCGGACUGCAGAUACCCUGUCUCUCAUUUGUCGUGCUGCCAUACCUGGCUUUCGCUCCUCGGAAUUUAGCUUCCGGUUGAAUCUCACAUCCCUCAAAGGCAUAGCAGUUUGAAACAACAACCGAGAAGCACCUAAACACCUGCUCUCUCCCUACUGGUGAAAAAGUCCAGUCGACCUGGAAAGAUGAAUCCUCAUCAGAAAAACAAAGUGGAUAUUAGCUCGCUCAGCCCGGACGAGCAAAGAUUAUUCCGGCUCUAUGGCAAAAUGCCCACCAAGAAGGAUUUGCUGCAGAAUAAGCUGAAGGAACGAAAAUACUUCGACUCAGGAGACUACGCACUCAGCAAAGCCGGCAAAGCCUCAGACGUUGGCGUUACCAGCAUCGGAUCCCGGCAUCCCCUCCCAGAAAACAUCCCCCACCUAACUGCCACCUCCCCGCCCCCCAGCAGCAGCAUCCCCAGUCCCUUCAAUAACGGUCCACACUCCAGUCUCCAGCCGCAUGGGGUCUCGAACCAUAAUUUCCACGCCAGCAUCAGCCGCAGUCCCGUCAAAGAGAGCAGCUUCUUAAACCGACAAACUAGCAUCGACGACGAACCGGAUCAACCACAGGCGGCAGCAGCGUCCUCAUCCCCUGAUGCGAAGAAAGCUACAACUACUUCUACAACCGCCAAAGGGCAAGAGGGGAGCGCGGGUACUAGUCCACCGCAGCAUACGGAAGGACUUCCGAUACGGCGAUGAAUUAUGUGCAGCGCUGCAAUUCUGAGAGAACCAGAUGAGAGAGUGGGGAGUAGAGCGAUCUGGCUUGUGCCACUCCCGAGGUGGAUUUUUCAAGAUAUGUUGACCUGUGUAUCCAAAAUGGGGUGUGACAUCAUGAAAAAAAGUGAACGAACCAGCGAAACGAGACGGGAACGGCUCUAUCAUGUGGACUGCCGAAAAGUUGAAAAGUUUUGGACUUUGCUGCACGGGAGCUAAAUUGUUUUCCUUCGGCGUAUUUGGGUCGGCUCAACUUUUCAAAGGGUUAUCCUCUUUAUUGUUUCGCUUCCGGGGGGAUUUGAAUUCGCGGACCAUCUACAGAAGAGCUUCCCAAUGGAUUGCAUGGAUGUAGCCCGAAACCCGCGCAAGAUCGAAACAGAGAGAGUGCUUCAAUCAAUCCUUAUCCAUAUCGAUUCCGAGCGUAGUCCUUGUCAGGCUGCAUUUCCAGAAGAUUUUCCCAAUUCCCCGUCAAUCCUUACAGCAUUGAUAACGUUCUUUUUUCCGCGCUCAACGUUCGUCACAGUCACGUUCUUUUUAGCUCUAGUUACCCCCCUUCCCACUCGCCUUUCAACCAACAGCCACCAUUUUAUUACGAUUCUCUUAUGUUUUUAUCUACUCUUCCCGAGUUUCACUUCAUUUCCUUAUUUUAUCUGUUUCUCCUUUGAUGUCAUUAUGUCGGAAACGCACACGACCUGAUUUUUUUUUUACCUCCCUCUAUUCUCCAAUUUCUCCCAACCAACCCCCCCCCCCCCCCCCUUUUUUUUUUUUUUUUCUGACUUCAUUGCCUCGCAGUUGAAAGCUUUUUAUAUUGCAUUUCCUUUUCACAAACCAUGGGCGUCGAUUUUGCCUGUGUCUCUAUGUCAUGAUCUAUGUAAUCACACACGAGGUGCAUUUUUUUCUUUGCCUUUGUCACUUUCAUUUGUACGUGUCUUUCUAUUCAACUUUCAGAUUUGCACUUUUGUUUUAUUUUUUUAUUUUCAUAUAUUGAAAUCUCCUCGCGUCUACAUCUGUUUCAUCGUCGAACUUUUUUAACUUCUUUUUCUAGUUAGUUAACGGGGAAAAAAGGCUACCUUCUUUUCACAUGUUUUAUAAACAUGUACAAUUAUUAAUGCAAUCUAUGCUUCACACAAUGAAUGAACAUUCUCAAAGUUUCAUGAGCUUUUCUUUUCUUUUCUUUUUUUAUUUAUUUAUUUAUUUAUUUCUCAGUUUCUCCCUCUCUUUUGCUUCCCUCUUCACUUAUCUUCAAUCAGUGAAUUAUUCCUACAAACCACCAAACCUUCCCUACCAAACCAGAUUGAUUGUCCUCUAUUCUCUCACCCCUUGUGCCUUCUACCUAGCCCAGAAUGGCGAGAAUUGCCAAACCCAAACCAAGUGACAAUGUGAAAUGGGAAUAAGUUCAAAACGGAUGUGAUAACCUACCGAUCCAUGUACAAGUACUGUACAUUAAAUACCUGUUUCGUCCCGCCCCCCCCCUUCCCACCCGCGGAAUACCCCCAAAUCCCUACGUACCAAACCGGCCAGAACAACCCAAGGACAUCAACGCUGUGGAAGAUUAGUCCCAUUUUCCUUUAUUUGGCCCCACUACACUAACUACCUAGAAGAAACCACGCUAAAUAUUUAACUAUAUCCUGAUUUUUGAAGUCCCUCUCCCGCCGCCCCCCCCCCCUAGCCCCGUCUCC